CUGCGGUAACAUACCCUUGACAUCACCCUUCCCCUCUCAAAGCUUUACGCCUCCUAACAGCAUCUUCCAUUGAACAGACUUCCUGACUCCAUCGUCCUCUCCUCCAUCCUCUCAAAACAAAACUUCCAGCGCUUGAACCUUCUCCGCGUAUCACCUGUCUAAUGAGCUCGAUCCCUCCCAAGUCAGGCCUUCAACCUCAAGGACAGAGCACCUCGACCCAGGCCGCCUCCUCCGCACACUCCACCUCUGCUGGGAAAUCUUCGCCCCAGGCGCCGGUUCCCACGCCCUCGUCUGCCUCGACGACGGCUCCUCGCUCUUACGCUAACGCCACCAAAAAGUCCGCGACGGACUCGACCGCCGCUCCCGUCACCGUGGGCGGCCCGUCGCAACAUGGGAAGUCGACUACAGCAUCUCCUGUGAGCGGCAAACCCAUGCAGCAAUCCCCCACCCCCGGCGUCACCAUCGUCAAUGGCGCCCCGGCCCCUUCUCAGGGCGACCACACCAGAAAGCCGUCCGUGACCAUCACCUCCGCCGGCACCUCGGGCUACAUCCCCAACGGUGGCCAGACCGGUCGUCCGAACAGCCUGCAGUUCGGCUUUGCCAACCAGCAGUCGUCUCCCAACAUGGGUAAUCCCGCUGUCUUGGCUAACCAGCCUCAGUCCGGUCUGGGUGUCACUCCGCCCAUGAACCCUCGUGUGACCUCGCCACAGACGUCUCCUUCUCCUAUCCCUCAGCCCGCCUCGAGCGGUGGCCGGCCACCGCCGUCGUCGUAUCAGUCUCAGGGCAACGUGCCGAACUUCGGUAGCUUUGGUGAUGGUGAUAAUCAGCAGAUGCGCCCGGCUCAGGCACCCCUUGGUCCCGGCGCUCAGUCGACCCAUCUGCGCCGCGAAUCGUCCCAGUCGACCCACAGCGAUAUGAGCAACCAUAUGGCCAGCGGUCCCGCCGGCCGCGGCGGUUAUGCCCAUCAGGGCGGCCGUGGACGUGGAUAUUCGCAGUCGAGCUAUCAGGGACAGAUGCCCUACUCGCCGGGUCCCAGCUUCCGUUCGACACCCAGCCAACCCCGUGGUGGUCCCAGCAUGACGACCCAGUUCCAUGCCCCUAACCAGGGACGCCCGUUGGCACCUUUCCCGAACUCUCCGCACCAAGCGAGUCGCAGUCCGGCGCUGGCCAACGCGCACCCCACCACUCCUCAGAUGAACCAGGUCCCAAUGGCCCACCCUCAGAUGCCACCGCAGCCCUAUUAUGGCCAACCGAUGGCCCCCCAACCUGCGUACCCCGGCUACGACCCCGCCGCCUACGGCUACUACCCCGGCUACAACAUGGCAGCAGUUCAGCAGUUCAUCCCCCCGUCACCCUCAAACCGCCCGAGCAUUCCGUUCACCGGUCAGGCCGCCCCGUACAUGCCGAACCAGUACUCGGUGCAGCCCCCCGCGCAGGCGACAGGCUUGUCUCGUAGCCCAUCCCAGGUUUCGAACGACCGGCCUGGGUCGAGCUUGGGUCAAGGCCAGCCCCCUGCUGGUCCUCCCGGUCCCGCUCAUGCCCACAACGCUAGCCGUUCGUCGAACAGCCCAGCCCCGAAGACCCCCUUCGUCCUCCCGACUAAGAAGAGCGCUAUUGUCAUCAAGGAUCCUGGCAGUGGCGCCGUGAAGACGUUUGAGAAGGCCCCGGCCUCUCCUGCCCGUGUCACUCCUUCUCCUGUCAAGAUCGCCACCCCGACCUCCACUCCUCCUCCCCGCACCGGCAGCAGCGCUGACCACACCCGCACGGAUUCCAAGUCCACUAAGACGGAUGAGGAGAAGAAGAAGGAGCUGAGAGAUGCGGUGCGCCAGAAGAUCGAGGAGGAGGCGGAGCAGCGUCGUAAGGCCGAGGAAGAGCAGGCGGCUGCUGCCCGUAAGAAGGAAGAAGAGGAGGCCGCGCGGAAGAAGGCCGAAGAGGAAGCCGCCCAGAAGAAGAAGGAGGAAGAGGAGGCCGCCCAGAAGAAGGCCGCCGACGAAGAAGCGGCGCGCAAGGCCCUCGAGGACUUGAGCUUGAAGGACAAGCCGGCUGACGCCAAGGCUGAGGAGCCUUCCAAGCCUGAAGCUGCCCCGCCUCCUGCCGAUGAUGAUGACGAUAUCGACUACGACGCCAUCGAGCGCGAAAUGGCCGAGCUCGAGGCCAAGGAGCGUGCCGCGGAGGAAGCAUACUAUGCCAAGAAGAAGGCUGAAAAGGAGGAGAAGGAGCGCAAGGAGAAGGAGGAGCUCGAGGCCUAUGAGGCCAACAUGAAGGCUGCCGAGCGUGAGGCAGAGGCGCUGGAAGAGGCCCGUGAGAAGAAGCGUCAAGCUGGUGUCGUCGAGGACGACUCCAAGAGCAAGGAGCUCUUCGCCUCUCUCAAGAAGGGAGGGUUUGGUGCCACCGAAACCAGCACUCCUGGAGACAGCGGCACGGCCACGCCCGCUUCUGACCUUUCCAUGGGACCUCCUUCCAAGCCUGCCAGCGCUACGAAGCGCGACAAGCCGGCCGCUCUCAAGUUGGAGACCACCAAGGCUGUCGAGCCUCCUCAGCCCAGCGCGGCUAUGAAGGCGCUUCACUCGGCUCGGUUUGUCGAGGACCUGAGCAAGAUCGCUUAUCCUUCGUCCAUUGUGUCCCCUAACCCUGCUCUGAAUGCCAGCGCCCCCGCUGACCGCAAGUUCCACUACAACAAGGAGUUCUUGCUGCAGUUUCAGAGCGUUUUCAAGGAGAAGCCCUCCAUCGACUGGGAUGCGCGUGUGCGUGAGACCGUCGGUGACAGCGACUCCUCUCGUCCCCAGUCGGCCCGGACGCCCAUGAUGGGUGGCCGCAACCCUUCGCGAUCCGGUGGUGUCACCCAGGGCUUCCAGAUGGGUAGCUUCGGCCAGCCUGCCAACCGCAACAGCUUGCCUGCCGGCACCACUUCCGCCGAGCGCUUCGCCAUGUCGAACGCUGCCCGGACUUCUUCCAUGGGCAAUCCGUUUGGCAACUUUGGUCGUCCCGGUAUGGGUAUGGGUGCUCAUGGUAUCAGCCGCACCAACUCCGCUAGCGCUAUGCACGCCGGUAUGCCCUCGUCCCCGCGUGUUGGAUCCAACCGCGCCGGUACUCGUACCGGCAGCAAGCGUGAUAAGCAGCAAGCCAAGAAGGAGGAGGAGAUGGCCAAGGCCAUGCCUCUUACUGCUGGACUUGAUAUCAAGCCUAUCCAGACGUCUAGCACUGGUUGGAAGCCUCGCAGCCUGAACCAACCUGCUGCCGGCCCUACUCCCGCCGGUUCUACUCACAUGCCCCCGGAUAUGGUGCAGCGUAAGGUCAAGUCUGCCUUGAACAAGAUGACCCCCGAGAACUUUGAUCGUAUCGCCGGUCAGCUUCUGGAGAUUGUUUCUCAGUCCAAGGACGAGUCUGAUGGACGUACCCUGCGCCAGGUCAUCCAGCUCACCUUCGAGAAGGCCACCGACGAGGCCCACUGGGCUUCCAUCUAUGCCAAGUUCUGUAAGCGCAUGCUCGAGAGCAUGAGCGCUGAGAUCAAGGAUGAGAACAUCCACGAUAAGAACGGCAACGUUGUCGCUGGUGGUAGCUUGUUCCGCAAGUACCUUCUCAACCGUUGCCAGGAAGAGUUCGAGCGCGGUUGGAAGGUCAACCUGCCUCCUAAGCCGGAGGGUGAGACCGAGGAGGCCGCCAUGAUGUCUGACGAGUACUACAAGGCUGCCGCCGCCAAGCGUCGUGGUCUUGGUCUUGUCAAGUUCAUUGGUGAGCUGUACAAGUUGGGUAUGUUGACGGAGCGUAUUAUGCACGAGUGUGUCAAGAAGCUUGUCGACUACGAGGGUAUGCCCGAUGAGGCCGAGGUUGAGAGUUUGACCAGCCUUCUGCGCACCAUUGGUGCCAGCCUCGACGCAUCGGAGAGGGGCCACGCCAUGAUGGACGCUUACUUCCAGCGGAUCAAUCUCAUGGUCCAGACCCCUGGCCUGCCCAGUCGGUUGCGGUUCAUGCUCAUGGACAUUAUCGACCUGCGUAGCGCUCGCUGGGUUUCGAAGGAUUCCGACAAGGGUCCUAAGACGAUCCAACAGAUUCGCGAAGAGGCCGCUCGUGCCCAGCAGGAAGCCGAGAUGGAGCGUCUUCGCCAGCAGGCCAACCGUGGUAGCCGCCCCACCAUGGGUCGGGGUGACGCACGCAGCUACAGCGGAUACGGAAACCAGGCCCCCCCGCAAGACUUCGCCUCCAGCAAGGUUGGAAGUGACGAUCUCCGUCGCCUCCGGACGACCCGUAACACCAACCAGCCGAUGUCUUUCGGACCGUCCAGCAUGCUGGGCUCCCGCAGCAACAGCGGACGGAAGAACCUUGGCCCUGGCGGCAACUUGGUUCGUGGCAGCGAUGACAGCGCUGCUAGCAGCCGGACUGGCACUCCCACCGGCAAGAAGGAAGACAAGGAGGCCGCGUCCUCGAUCAAUGCCUUCAGUGCUCUGGCAAGCUUGGAAGACCGUGACAACAUGGCCACUUCUCCUCCAUCCAACCCGACCUCCCCUCUGCUGACCAAGUCGCAACCGGCGGUCGAGCGCCGACCCUCCAAGACCCCGUCGAAGGACGGUGAGGAAGCAUCAUAGAUUCUGUCGCAAUGAUAAUGAAAAAUGAUUCCGUUCUUCUGGAAA